CUCCUUGGGACUCUCGUCGGGUUUGAGGCGGGCGCUCUCCAAGAUGGCGCGCGUGGUGAAAGCGGCUGCGGCGUCGGUGCUGGCUGCGGUCGCCGGAGGGCUCUUUUCCAGACUUCACAUUCCAAUUUCAACAGUAAGAGCCUUCUCUACCUCACAGUCCUUGAAUCAAGCACCAAGUCUCAUAUGGAACCUGGGUCAACUCAAUCAUGUAGCCAUAGCAGUGCCAGACUUGGACAAAGCCAAGGCAUUUUAUAAGAAUGUUCUAGGGGCCCAGGUAAGUGACGCGGUCCCUCUUCCUGAGCAUGGAGUGUCUGUUGUUUUUGUCAACCUGGGAAAUACCAAGAUGGAGCUGCUGCAUCCGCUGGGAAAGGACAGUCCAAUUGCAGGUUUUCUGCAGAAAAACAAGGCAGGAGGAAUGCAUCAUGUCUGCAUCGAGGUGGAUAAUAUAAAUGCUGCUGUGAUGGAUUUGAAAGAAAAGAAGAUCCGUAGUCUAAGUGAAGAGGCCAAAAUAGGAGCACAUGGGAAACCAGUGAUUUUUCUCCAUCCUAAGGACUGUGGGGGAGUCCUUGUGGAACUGGAGCAAGCUUGAUUUAUUUUUGCAAGAAAUAAGUUGAUCAGCCUGAAAAAAACUUAAUCAGAAGGUACUUCAUUGCUCCUGUCAUUUAAAAGUUGAAAAUUAAGAACUCAAUUAUAAAAAGAGAUUAAAACAUGUAAAUAAUAUUUUUGAUUUUUUUUUCCUCCUGAUUUGGAGAAAAUAUUGAUUAUAAAAUAAUUAAGGAACAUUAAAAUCACAUAAGAAAUAAAUAUUUUGUGUUCUAAAAUGGGGUAGUUGAGUAUGGUAUGUUGCGUGAAAGGGUGUGAGAGAGAGAGAGAGACCCUCACAAAGGAGUUAGGACAGAUGGGAAUUCUACCACCAAACCACUAAUGCCUGAUGCAGAGCAGUUACAGAAGUCCUGGGUUACAUAUUAGGGGCAAAGCUGCUUUUAUGGAUGUUUUGGACCAAGUUUUUCAAAGGAAACUGUUUAAGUAAUUUUACAUCAAAGUUUUGACCUUAUCUGGAACCGAUCAUGUUCACAAGUUUCUUGUAAGCUGUUGUUUUGAGUCCUAGUGCUAGGUAUAAAAAGGAAGUUCUGGAGAAAGUUUGGUGCAUGAUCUAGUAGGUGUAUAGACAGCUAAAAAAAAAUUUAUAUUUUUUUAAAAGAUUAUGCAUACACGAACUGGGGUACAGGCCAGAGGUUUGUAGCAUGAGAGGAUUCACCAGAGACAGAGUGGGGAACUUAACAGGCAGAUCGACUGAAAUACACUGCUGAGGGGAGCAGUGGACGAGACAGGAGAGGUCUGCUGCGCCAGUUCUGCUGUGGGUAGCUCCCUGACUGGCUGGGGAUUGAACUCAUGUUGCAGAGGCUGCGGAUAGCUUUACAGUACUGUGCUCAACCCCUUGCACCACCAGGGAGGCCCUAAAAUAUUUUUUUUUAAUGGUAGACAUAGAGAGGGCAGUGAAUUUGUAGUUGCUUAUCACCCAAGUGCUGGAACACCAAAACAAACCCCAGGGGAAUAUACAAAGUGUGUAGAAACCCAUUGCCAAGAAGCUUACGGGCCAGUUGGGAAAACUACUUCAUAAAUUAGCUAUAAAUACUUUAAAAAUAACAUAUGAGUGAGUCAAAAAGGAAUAUAGAUCUUGAGGAUAGAGUUAUAUCUGGUUUUUAAUCAGACUUCUAAAUGUAAUAGAAAUAAAAAAAUAUCAAGGAUACAGAUGUAUGGAAUGCAUACAUAGUGUACGGCAAAGUGGUAAACAUCUUAAGUUCAUGGAGACUGAAUGUUGAGUGAAUGGGUAGGUAUGUAUACACAGAGCUUAUUAUGGAAGACAAGUGUAACAUCCAGUAUCAUAUGGGUGGUUUUGGGGUGGAAAAUAAAGGGACUUAAAUGCUGGUUAAGUAUCUGUAGUCAACUUGAAAAGAUAAAUGUUGAUACUAAUAGACUGGUAAACUACAUGUAUAUAUGACAAUUCCACUGAAAAUAAACAGAGAACACUCGAAAUACACAUGAAUCAAAAUGAAAUACUAAAUAUUGUCCAAAUAACUAACCUGAAGACCGGGAGGGGAAAACAGGGAAAAAAUAAUAAUAAAAUGAAAGACCUACAUCUUGACAUACCAAUAAUUACAUUGAAUGUAAAUGGUUUUGGGAGACUGAAUUAAAAACAUGACCCAAUCAACCAUAUGGUAUCUGCAAGACACCCAAUUCAAAUACAAUGAUACUGGUAGGUGAAGAGUAAAAGAAUGCAAAAGGAUAAACUUUGCAAACAAUAACCUGAAGAAUCCUGGAGUGGCUGUAUUAAUAUCAACGUAAGACUCAGAGUUGUUGAAGCAGUAGUAAAAUCAAGAUGGACAAAGGGCUUUUUAUGGGCUUGGUGCCCUCUUCAAUCCGAUCCCCAUGUUGAACUAGCAGUUACAGAAACUCCAGUCUUCUCUGGAGUUUCUGUAACUACUAUGUCGCACAGGUUUCCCAGCAGCCACAGGGUGUGAGCAUGGAUGGCACCAUCCUGUUGAGUUUAGAGCAAAAUAGCGGUUAGUUCUGUGCCUUUUACCAGCUGGACAAGUAUUUUAUUUUUAAAUGCUUACUGUAGGCAGAAAACUGCCUUUUGGUUUUAAUUCAAAUCUUAGUUGUUUAAAUGCCAACCACAGACAGUUUCCUAUUUAUGGUGGUUUGACUUAGGAUGUUUUGACUUUAUGGUGAUAUAAAAGUGAUACAAUUUCAGUAGAAAACAUACUUUGAACUUGACCUUUUCCUGGACCAGUGACUUGUAGUAAGACGCUCUCACAAUGCGGGGCAGCAGCAGGAGCCACAGCGCCCAGUCAGCCACAGCACCAGCAGGAGAAAGAAGCCGGCUCCAUAGAGCCUCCUACCGGCUGUUCUCCAGCCUCAGAGUGUCGCGGUAGCAUCUCAGCAACCAGCGAAAACUCCAUGUCAAGUCUUCAGAAGCCUUCAGAUCCGGGGAGCUUUUCAGCUGUGCAUGUGAGUGAGGGGUCCCCAACAUCUACUCAUUUUCACUUUCAGUCCCGUCUUCAAGAAAUUACAAGAGAGAUUCAGCAUUUUAGUAUCAUUUUAGCAUUUUAGGCUUAGCGUUAGAUGAUUUUGCCCAACUGUGGGCGAAUGAAGUGUUGCAAGCAGAUUUAAGGUAGGCUAGGUUAGGCUAUGGCAUUCAGUAGGCUAGGUGUAUUAAAUGCAUUUCAAAUUACAAUAUUUUCAACUUAUAACUAGUUUAUCAGGUUAUAAUCAAAUAAAAAAACAAGAAAGAUGUGUCUUCUUCUUUAUUUUUACAAAUCAAAAGAAUUGGGUGUUGUUAAAGAGGAAAGCUGCCUUGCUUUCAUGGAGCACAGCACCCAGAAAGUGCAUCCUGAGAACUCGGAGGGAAGGGAAGCAGGGCUGCCCCCUGCUGCGUGCACAGGUGAAAGCCACCACAGUGGGUGUGACUGACAAUCUUCAGAGACUAAACCAAGAGAUUGUUUUCAGAUGUAUAACUAAGUAGUUCCUUCCAAACUCCUGUGAAGAUGAUCAGAGAUUCAAGCUCAGAGUAGAAAACAGGAAAUAAAUAUAAUUUACUAACUGAAAUUCUAAUCAUUUGCAAGAAGGCUGUGGAUGACUGCCUGGGAACAAAAAUGUUUCCUUAUCACCUGUUCCUUUGGUUCCUGAUUUCCUUUCUUUUUUUUAAUUUCCUGUCUAAGAACUGAUGCAAACAUAUUUCUAUAGCUAAGUGGAAUAAAACUAUAUUCUUUACCUAAUUAGUUGCUGACUUUUAAAAACUGGCUGCAUAUAUAAGCUGUUUCCCAAUAAUAUAACCCUUAAUAAACAUUGACAUGUGCUCAAGAUUAAUUUGUCUAAAAAGUUUGUUGCAAAGAAGUAAAAAACAAAACCAAAUCCAGACCCCAGUGUGCUUUCAACAUAUAUAGUCCAUUGUCAUCUUCCUGUCCAAAUGUAGUUUGGGGCAGAUAAAUCAAUAUUAGGUGUUUGCAUUAUUAUGCUCCAUUAUUAUGACCACAAAUGAUUAUGAGACAGAAUUGUGUGGUGUGCUAUGACUUCCUUCCCUGUGAAAUGCUUUCUUUUCCCUUGAAUAAAUACUUACAUUUGUGUUUGUUUCAUUAGCUAUAUAUGACCCCAAACCAUCAACCAUCUUAUCCUAUUUCAAUUUUUGAGGUGUCUUUAGGUUGUUUCUUAAUGGAUGAUAUAAUUUUCAUCUUUAUGACUUCUUUCCUUAAGCCUUUGGACCUACUCCAGUAUGGGUUGAGCUGUCUUCUACACUCAGCUGAGAUAAUGGAAAACCAAAAUACUUCCCUACCCCUGUACUGAGCAUUACCACGGCCAGGCCAAAUACCUUAUUACUUACUCCAGGAAACACUCUGGAACUGAAGCAACUAAAAUAAUUUACUAAUCAAGACUCACACUGGCUGAUCAAUCUCUCAGAAAAAGUUGCCUAAUCUCCUAGUUCAAGGAAAAAGAAAAAUAUCGGAUGGUUUCACUUACAGCAGGAAUAUAGGGGAACCAAACAAGACAUCAGUGUAAAAAAAUAAUAACAGUACAAAACACAACAAAGCAAAAACAGACAGUUAU